UGCUGACGCUGUUGCAUGAAAAAUUAGCUGGCUGCAGCUUGUCAGGGACACCUUCUGCGGACUCCUGGAGCCCCACAGUGCAAUAGACAUGGCAUCAGAGCUAUCAACUUCCAUAAACAUCAAGGAGCCCCGGUGGGAUCAGAGCACUUUCAUAGGACGAGCCAAGCAUUUCUUCACUGUCACAGAUCCCAGGAAUGUUCUCCUGACCAAUGAACAACUAGCACAUGCACACAAAAUCAUCACUGACUACAGGAAAGGUAUAGUGUCUCCAGAGCUGACAGAGGAUGAACUGUGGAGAGCCAAAUAUGUCUUUGACUCAGCUUUUCACCCUGACACCGGAGAGAAGAUGAUUUUGAUCGGUCGCAUGUCGGCACAGGUUCCUAUGAACAUGACGAUCACCGGAUGCAUGAUGACGUUUUAUAAGACAACUCCUGCUGUGUUGUUCUGGCAGUGGAUCAAUCAGUCCUUUAAUGCAAUAGUCAACUAUACGAACAGGAGUGGCGAUGCUCCAAUCACAGUCAGUCAGCUUGGCACAGCUUAUGUGUCUGCCACCACAGGGGCAGUUGCCACCGCUCUAGGAUUAAAUGCACUAACAAAGCAUAUUUCACCUCUGAUUGGACGGUUUGUUCCAUUUGCUGCUGUAGCUGCCGCUAACUGUAUCAACAUCCCACUAAUGAGACAAAGGGAGCUCCAACAUGGCAUUCCCAUAACAGAUGAAAACGACAACAGGUUAGGAGAAUCAACAAAAGCUGCACAGCAGGCAAUCUCUCAGGUUGUGGUCUCCAGGAUCCUCAUGGCCUCUCCAGGAAUGGCUAUUCCCCCAUUUUUAAUGAAUCAUCUGGAAAAGAAGGCAUUUCUGAAGAAGUUCCCAUGGAUGAGUGCACCUAUUCAAGUCAGCCUGGUGGGAUUCUGCCUGGUGUUUGCUACUCCUCUGUGCUGCGCAUUGUUCCCUCAGAAGAGCUCUAUGUCAGUCAGCCGCCUGGAGCCAGAGCUGCAGGAGAAAAUCCGGGCCAGCCACCCAGAAGUGGAGAGGGUGUACUUCAACAAAGGGCUAUGAGUGUGUAGCCCCUCAUCCAAACUUUGCCGUGACACAGCUACAGCCUCGGCCCUCACCUCUCUGCCAGCUCUCCUCAUUCAGUGUGCCAAAGUUAAGUUUUUGUCUCAUUUCCACCAUUCAGAUGGACAUUUGAAGACUCCCUCUCUCAGUUAGCCUCUUUGUAAUGAGAUGUUCACUUUUGUCAGUGUGAUUGUUGAAUUUAUAGGAAGUGCUAGGGAAGGUUUUCUCUAGCUGGACCAGAUUAAAAAGUUUAACAUUUCUCAAAACAAAUGUAUUGUGGCCCUUGUUAGAUUGUUUAAAGUGGACUUUUUUUUAAAGUGGUGACUUGUUGAUCAUAUAUUGCCACAAACCCUUUGUCAUACUUUCCUACUUAAGGCUGGAGGCCAGUUUAUUAUUUACCUGCUUUUUACCUGAUUAUAAUCAGUUUUGCGGUUGUCACAUUUGCCAAAUCUUUACUCACAUUUUUUUUAGAUAUCUACAAACUCCUACAUUUAUUUCAAAGAGUAAUUUAUCUUACUUGAAUUGAGUUUAAUUGCCAAAACAGUAACAUGAAACGAGUCUCCUUACGUCUAACCACGUAUCAUAAAAACAAUACUCAAGGAAUCUGCCAUGUAACAUUUGAUGUAAUGAUGGUGGCAGCCAUUGAUGGGCCAACAUGGUGCUAUUUGUCUUAAUAAUCAGUCUUUCACAUAUUUAUUCUACUUGCCAGACAUGUUAUGAACAAACCACUCCUCACCUGAGCAUCAUUGGACGUAACCAUGCGCUCUCUCACAGGUUAUUACUUAACACACAGGCACUAUGUUCACUCUUACUUCUAAGAUGCCAAAUCUCAAAGACGAUGUGAUGAUGUAAAUUCAAUGACUUACGUAGGUACUGCACAAGGUGGCACAUUUUGAAAUUCUGUAGAAGUUCAAUCAUAUUGAUUUUGAAGUUUUAAAGCACAUUUCUAGAUAUAUUUGGAGUAGUGUAAGUUGUUAGGGAAAAUGCCCUAAACACUCUGACUUUAUCAGACCUUUCCCCGUCAUGAAUUCUGUUUUUUUUUUUUGUUUUUUUUUUUACAUUUCUGUGAAACAUUUCAGCCUGGUGAGCAUGAGGAAUGUAGAAACUCUCAGCUAGGAAUCUGCAGCAACAGUCUCCUGCCUCGUGCUUCAUCGUAUUUCACAGUAUUGGUUAAAAAAUUUGCUUACAGUUAUGUGAGCACACUAUGACAGAGUUCAAGCAUGGUGGGCUGAUAAAGCAGGUGCAGGCUGAUGUAACACUGCUCCCCCCCCACCCAUUCUUUGUACUGCAGCAGUUAAUAUUCUUGACAAUCAGCUGUGUUUGGACACAGCUGGUGGUGUGAACUCUCUACUGGUGGACUCCUGUCUUCUAUUCUGCUAGUGCACAAAACUGUGACAUUACAUCAGUUAUAUAUUUUCAAUUCAGGGAUGAGAAUAAAAAAAGAUGGACUUAAAGCCACAAAAUCUAAAAACAACUAAUUCAUAUUAUGAAUUUUAAAUGUAUGUUUAAGGACCAAAUGUGUAACAGGAUUAUGUGCUCCAUUUAAUGCAAAUGUUUACAUUUUUUUUAAUUGAAAUAUGACAAACUUGUGAAGAUUGAUUUAGUUCCACUGCAUCCUUUCCUCAUUGUGGUGUAAUUUCUGGAAGUUGUUAAAUGUUUAAAAUGCUGUAAUUUCCCCACGUGUAUUGCUGUAUAAGUAACUUUACUUUUGGUUCUCAGUGUUCUUACAGAAAGACGAAUCGGAGCUGCUCCUUGCCGAUUUAAAGUUUGUUAUUCUCGUGUUCAAGGUAACUGAAUGUAGCAUUUUCCAGUUCCAGGUGUUUACGGUGUGUUAGUCUAGAAAAGCACAAUAUUGUAACACGUCAAAUGCUGCAUAUUUUUAAAUCUUACAUCUGCUCAGUUUCAUGGCCACAAUCAUUUUGUACUGCAUUCUUGUGAGGGAGGAAAAAUGGGAAGAAAUAUGAAACUAUCAUUUAACAUUUAAUUGCAGUUGAGAGCUCAUUUGUUUUAUGUUAAAAAUUUAACUACCUAAUAAUGAACACACUCACAAGCUCGACCCUACCACAACAAAUCGCAUUUCGCUGCAGUCAAAUAGAUGCAAAAGGGACUCAAAAGGAAGAAGUCAUUGCAUUAAUUUUAAAUUAAGUUUUAAAAUGAUGUGAAAAAACUGUAUUUGAUUGCUGUGCAGUACUCUGGGGGUGAUGUAAUGCUCGAACUAACUGGAUAAAAUAAAGUUGAUACUGGUG